UGUUUUGCCUAAUGUUUGCCAUUGCGGUCAUUUGCCCGACAAGGCUAGAUCGCCGACUAGCUUUGGCCACCAACGGCACCUACCUCCAAACUCGGAUACUCUGCCGUUAAAUGUGGUUAAACGUAGAUUUAGGCGAAGUUAACGGCAGAUGUAUCUAGCAGCGGGGAGCCCCCGACGUCACUUAGAACAGUUGCAAUUAUCGCGCAUCCGUCACUUGCUACAGCUUGGCUAGCCAGCUACAACUGCUCUUUCGCUCUGUUCCCCUUCGCCCUUUCCCCACCCUGGUUAAUGUUUGUUGAUACUCGGGUUAAGUUCGUUGUUUUGUUUUAGUUUUGUUUUUUGUUGUUUUGUUUGGUUGUUUUGGGUUUGUUUUUUUUUAUUUGUUUUUCUUUAUAGGAUACAAUCUAUAGACCACUAUAGAAUGCGUCCUUUUUUUCCACUGAUCAUCAGUGUGACAGGUGCCGGAGGUCUGCCUUGGCAGAAUUGUCAUGGCAAACUCCUAUUGCUACUAUAAUUAGCCUUAUUAAUACGUUUUUUGCUGUUUUGCCAUAGCUGUUUGCCAUUGCUGUUUGCCAUUUGCCAGUUUGCCAUAAAUGUUUGCCAGUGUUUUGCCAUAAAUGUUUGCCAUUGCGGUCAUUUGCCCGACAAGGCUAGAUCGCCGACUAGCUUUGGCCACCAACGGCACCUACCUCCAAACUCGGAUACUCUGCCGUUAAUAUAUAUAUAUAUAUAUAGGAUGAAAUGUUCUCGAGCGAAUGCUUCCAAAGUGCGUAAGCAGAAAUUUCUGCCUGCCGCUGCUGGGUUUAGGACGACCUUCGAAAUUUUAUGCUUGCCCGUUUUGGAAGCAUUCACUCGAGAACACUUCAUCUUAUCAUUCACAACAUCACACACACUUACAGCAUUCGGGUACGGUUGUAGUUAUAAGACGUCAUAAAAAAGCAUACAAGCCAAUAUGGACCACUCACGUUUCGCGCCAAAACAGAGGAAAAAGAAAAAUAAGCUGAACUGUAGUACGGACCUCCCACCCGGUAAAUAACAUCUGUGUUGUCAGCGUUAUUUUGUCCUUUGGAUGGUGAAUGCGAACUAAAUACUGAAAUUGCUUUAAAAGAACAGCUUCAAAUAUUCUCAUUUUUCUAUAGGUAUUACCCCCGCAUCCUCUUUUUGGCUCUGGAUAGGUUACAAAUUCCUACCCAGAAACAGCAACUUGAUCCAGAAUGCAUUUUUGAGAAAAUGUUACCCUGGUGUGAAAUAUGGACUACGUUGCUAAGGGCGCAAGGUAUAGUGAUAGCAAUUUUGAUUGUUGCCGAAAUGUUUUUAAUUAGCUUUCAAACUGAAUUAAAUAUGGAAAAUUCAUAUUAAAACUCAUAUUAAUAUGGAUAUUUUCUGCUUCUCUAGAUAGUAUAAAGAAUCACUCUAAGUUCCGAACAGGAAAGCAAAUUUGGCAAGACCUAGAAGAUGCUAUUACAACAGCGGAUAUUUCAACAGCAUAUUUGGUUCUUAUAAAACAACACAAGAAUAAAUUGUCGUUCCUUUUCGCCAAUCUACAUGCUAAUGACUUUGACACUGCAGUGAAUGUGAAAAAGUAUCUCAUGUGCAUUACCAGACUCGUUGAAACCGAAGAAAAAACUCGUAAAAAUAUGUCAUUGCUAGAAUCCGCCAUUAAAUUUUCGCAAAAGCUGUCUUGGAACUCUGGUCAAAUAGCGCAUGAAUUCAACUCAAGGAGAGAUAGCCUGAGUAAAAUUAAACUGAGCGAGCUCAAUCAUGAGUACUGGAAACCACUCCUUCCUUUAUUAGAGUUGUCAUCGUCUCUCCAGCUUGUGAUGAAAUCAUUUACCUUUAGAAACGUAGCCCAAGUUUGUCUACAAGAGAAUAACAGUGAGAACUAUCUGAAAGCUUUGACAGAUAACGAAAGUGAAAAGACCAAGUUGUAUCCGCUCUUCAAUUUCCUUUCAACUGUAGUGAUACAGAAAUUUAAAGCAGAAUGGGACCGCGUUCUUCGUGAUCCUGACUUGCAAACCGUGGAAACAAUGCAAAUUUUAUUAGGAGAUCCGAACGAUGCAAGGAACAGGGAGAAUAUUGUGGAGGAAUUUGAAACUUUAAAGAAUCACUUCAAACUCCGCUCGUUCCCACAAAAGAUGCAGAAUUACAUUGGAGAUUACAUGAAAUACGAAAGUGUUUUGAAGCAAGUUGACGAUCUUGUCCACUUACUAAAAACUCUGGCAAUCAUGAAAUCUGGAAAUACGCUAGUCUCCACUCUGGCGACUUUCAUAGAAAGGUUUAAGUAUGACGACACCAUUGUUCUAAAAGAUCUGCACGAACCGCUGUCCAAGGUAGACAACAUGAUUUCACAGUACAUGGACAAAGUUGAUGACGUCAUCGUUGAGCUGGGUCAGUCGCUUGAAUUGAUACAAUUUUUAAAAGAAAUCGUUAAUGAGGACAUACGUUUGCUUAUAGAUGCCGUUGAAGAGCAUUCAGACAAUCUUGUAAAGGAGUCUUUAGUUUCAAUGUUUAUCCAGGUUCACGGUUUUCUUGCUCCAUUAAUUAAAAUGUGUCAACGCAAUUUUCCACCUGACCUAAUUUUAAUGCAACUGGUGCAUCGCUGCGAGAGCCAAAAGGACAUGUCAAUGAAGAUUUGUCAGUGUAGUAGGAACGUGCAUAGUCUGAAAGGAUUAUACCAAAACGUUGCCAAUCGUGAAGAAAUGACAAAGGAAAUCAUCAUGAAUUGUCUAAGCAAGGGAGUGUUUGAUAUUUCGCUAGAUGACAAUGGUAUUUGCCAAAUAACCAUGAGUUACGAGAAAGAUGGAAAUAAUUUAACAAAAAAGUCCAUGUCAGAACUUCAUGAUCUUCGCAGUCGUGCACAUUUGAUUAUCAGUUCAGACAAAAAACACAAUGAUGAACCCAAGCAAGAAAUUAAUUACACAGACUUUAUUGAACAAGUCAAUCUUCUCUCAGAGAUCGAAGAAGCAAUUCUCAGACUACAGUCUUCUGGAUAUAUCACAUAUCAAAAUGCCCGUCAGUGGAAAACAAUGAAGGAGACAAAACAUCUUCAAGAGUUAAAUGACAACCUUCGCGAAGACUUGGGAGAGUGGGAAGAAAGUUUACACAAUGCUCGCCAGCAACAUUACUUUCUUAACUACUACUGGUCCGACCAACUAUGUGUUCUUUAUCAGUUCUUGACCAACCCGAACCGAACCCAAGUGGAUUUCGAAAACGUUCUUACGUUGAUACACUUUGUUGAUCCAACCAUUGAUGAACAACAGCUACGUGAAUAUGGUGAACUCCAUUCAAGAAACCAUCAGAACAGAUCUCAAGACACUCCACUUGGUAUUGUUUCAAUAAUUGGUAAUGCAUUAGAUGACAUAUUUACGAAUACACGUCCCGUUUUACGAAAUAUUUUGGACGAUAUACUUCCAUCUUUCCAGGCAGUGGAGUCCACUGCGUCCAUUAAAAAGGGUGAACUUUACGUUGUGGCCUUAGAAGAACAAAGUUUGCUUACUGUCAACGUUAUGCUGUCCCUGUAUGAGAAUACAUCAAAUGGAUACCCUGAACCUUAUCAGGUUAUCUUUUGUGGUCCACACACAACUUGGGAAGAAUUACAAAUAUUCCUCCACAGAUGUUUCACUCAGACGACAUAUCUACCACGUGAAAGUUUGUUCUGUUUGGCAAAUGUUGAACUCCUCACUAACGAAGUUCAGUUUGACCUGGUUGAUUUUAUUAGGAAGCAGGACACUGAGGACAACGACUUAGAUUACCAACUUGCAAUAAUCUGCAGAGGCGGAGACCACCAUAAUAUAGUUGGGGAAUUUUCGAAAUUUCGGCAUUCGAUCUCUGGUAUGACAUAUCCAGAAGUUUCUCAACGUUUCCAAUCUACAUGGCCUGAUGUAAAGUUUGUAACAUCAACAUUACCAGGACUUGGUAAAACAGAACUCAUUCGUCAAGAAGCACUGGACAAAGGUAUGAAUGUCGUUACCUUCCCCAUUAGUGGCCAACUUGAUCAAAGCAAGAUUAUUCAGCGCUUAAAACAGCUUGAUCUCAAAGAUUUCCAAUGUCUUCAUCUUGAUAUUGGCGAAGUUGAUGAUCCGGUCUUGUUAGACACAUUUUUGUUCCAAUUGAUUGUGACAGGAAUGGUUUCGUUUGCAACUAAGUUGUACAGCCUUCAAAACACCCAUGUUUAUAUCGAAAUCGCUAAUUCACUAAAUGAUCGACUGCGUGAAUCCUUAGUAAUAACCCAGCGUUUUACCCGCGUUGAAUUGCAGUGGAACAACUACGAUGACUUAGAAGUCAGCAGUAAAAUAUCAAGCGAUAUCCAGGUAGUUUGCCAAUAUCUGAAUGUUUUCGAGCGAGGUGAACUUGAAAGUAUGGAUAUUCAUUUCUCCGGUCGGCAAAAGCUUAAACCACUUUCAGCAAACAGAUGUCGUGAAUUACUGCGCAAGUACUAUUCGACAAAUGAAGAGAUCACAUUUACUGCCUUGAAUACAUUCUUGGGGCUACUAGCCGGCCAGUUACGAAAGUUCUCAAAAAGUCCAUUCUUUGAGAUUGAAAACGUGAAGCUCAUGCUUGAGAAUAAAGCUUCUGGGGUACGAAGCAAUCUUCUAACGGCGUUACUUGAUGUGUCGAAAGACUUCGCAGCCCGGUCACUGAAAACCUCUCGCUCGAGCCAUUAUCAACAAACACCUUCUAGUACAUCCGCCCAGCACAUGGUCCAAAGAGUAGAAGGAAUGAUUCAAUGGGAACAGAGCAAUCAUCUAUUAAUUGUAUUUCAUGGUGUCGAUUCCCAGACAAUCGCGGCCUUCUACCGCGACAAAGACCGUGUACCACUAAACGUCUCUGACUUAUUAAAAAGCCAAAUAGUAAGAGGCAGAAAUAAAGAGCUGGAUGACUUCAAGAAAAUGAGUCAUGGAGAAUUGCACGGAAAACUGGAAAGGAUAGCUCGUACUGAAUCUGGUAUACAUGAACGGCAAGAAACUGAAGAAAGAGAGUUUACUGGUUAUGCAUUAACGCCAGAUAACAUGUUGAAGAUGAUUUUGAUAGUACUCCGCGUGAGAGCUAAUGUUCCUAUAAUUAUCAUGGGAGAAACUGGAUGUGGAAAAACAAGCUUAGUAGAAUAUUUAGCGAGAACAUGUCAAAUACCAUUUUCAACAUAUAAUUUCCACGCUGGUCGUACUGAAGAGGAAGUCAAAGAGUUUAUUGAAAAGGAAAAUAAUGAAGCCCGAGAAGACACGGUACAGAGAUGGAUAUUCCUUGAUGAAAUUAAUACUUGCCAUCAUCUAGGAUUGAUAAAUGAAAUUAUGUGUCACCAUACUUUGUACGGCCGGCCGCUGUCGAAGAAGUUAGUCCUUGUUGCGGCUUGCAACCCAUACAUAUUACGUCCAAAAGAGAAUGCUACAACUGCUGGUCUUGAAGGCAAGAACAAAAACGAUGAAUAUUCUGAACUCGUCUAUAGAGUGCAUCCAUUACCUGAAGCUAUGAUGGACUACGUUUGGGACUAUGGUUCUUUGACACCUCAAGAUGAAAAGGCAUAUAUCCAAAGAAUGGUACAAAACCUUCCUCCUGAAUACCAACAUGUUUUAGUCGACCUUCUCGCAGAGUCCCAAACGUUCAUUCGCGAAUCUGAAGAAAAUCCUUUUUGUGUAAGUUUACGUGAUGUACGUCGAUGUAUACUUCUAGUCGCAUGGUUUAUGGAUAUGAUUAAGAAACGAUCGGAUCUGAUGAAUGAGAGAAAGCGUAUUCCUGAUAUUCCAAAGCAUCUUGAAAAAUAUCAAAAUCUAUCACACAGUUACGACAGAAAACCUGUAAUUAAAAGCAUUGUUCUUGCUUUGGCCCAUUGUUAUUUAUCAAGAUUGCAAACUGAAAUAUUGCGGGGACAAUACAUAAAGAGCAUGACGCAGCUAUUUCCCUCUGUUCCACGUGAAGACGUUUUUUCAGCAAUCAUUCGCAUGGAACAAGAAGAUUACCUUCAUCGAAUGGAACUACCCCCUGGAACAGCAAGAAAUGCUGCUUUACGUGAGAAUGUCUUUGUUAUGUUAGUGUCAAUUCUUAACCGGAUACCUGUUUUCGUAGUAGGAAAGCCAGGUUGCAGUAAAUCGUUAGCAAUCCAGCUCAUCAGGAGCAACCUUCGUGGCAAAGAUUCCAAAGAUCCAUUCUUUAGAACGCUACCACAUCUGUACGUUGUUUCGUAUCAAGGUUCAGAAUCUUCUACGUCUGAAGGAAUACACGAAAUUUUUGAAAAGGCAUCAAAAUACAAGCGUCACAACAAAGAUGCAGAUGUUUUGCCUGUGGUUCUCCUAGAUGAAGUUGGUCUAGCCGAGAAUUCCCCAAACAAUCCUCUCAAAGUUCUACACAGUAUACUAGAACCGGGGAAAGGCAAAUUACCAGACGUUGCAGUUGUUGGUAUUUCAAAUUGGGCAUUGGAUGCAGCUAAAAUGAACAGAGCCAUUCACCUGUCCAGACCAGAACCCACUCCAAAAGAUCUCGAAGAGACAGCCAUCUCUCUUUAUCUAGCUGACAGCGGACCACAAAAAGAGAUAGAUGUAUCCACUAAGACUGUCCUGAAUUGCCUUGCUAAUGCCUAUCAUGAAUACCAGUCCAAACAAGGACAUGCCAAUUUCCAUGGUCUUCGGGACUACUACUCUCUCGUUAAAAGUCUCCCUGCUGACAGUUGUAAUGACAUGGAUAAAAUUAUCGUUGCUUUGCAACGGAAUUUUGGAGGUAUAGCAGUCGAAUCAAGCAAAGUACAAGAGGUUUUUAUUGAUAAAUUGAAAUCACAGGUGCCCACCAGCGAAAGAGGUGUCGGCAACGCAGUCACUACGCUCAUUAAAGAGAAUCUAGAUGACUUAAAAGCCCGACAUUUGAUGCUUAUAACAAAUGGGGACUCAGCCAUUGGUAUACUGAAACAAAAUCUGUCGCAGUCGGUAAAGGAGACCAUCACCAUCUUUGGUAGUCGUUUUGAAGAAGAUAUGUUCGAUGACUACAAUUACAGAAUAUUAAGUCGUAUCAUCCUUUGUAUGGAACGUGACUGUAUCCUUAUCCUUCGUGAUCUCGAAAGUAUAUAUGGAAGUCUGUACGACAUGUUAAACCAGAAUUAUUCUGUGGUUGGCAAGAGAAAGAACUGUCGAGUAGCUCUAGGUGCCAACAGCAACCCCAUGUGUUAUGUAAACGACGGGUUUCGCUGUAUUGUCCUUGUUGAUUAUGAUAAGGUCGAUUACUCAGAUCCGCCAUUUCUCAACAGAUUCGAGAAACAGUUACUUCGUUUUUCUGACGUGUUGAAUGAAAAACAACAAGAAAUUAUUACUGAGCUAAAAUCGUGGGUUUGGGAAAUGUCAAAUGUUGAAGAUUUGGAUGAGCAGUUUAAAGAAUCUGAUAUGUUCAUGGGUUUUAAUGAAGACACGCUUCCAUCUCUGGUGCUAUUACAUAGCAACGAUACAGACGAAUCAAAUGAAGUGAUUGUAAAGAAAUGCAAAGAUGAUCUCAUGUGGAUUGCCACGCCUGAUGGAGUCCUACGCACCCAGAAAUGUAAACGUUUAAAAGAAAACUCACGAGAAGUGAAGAUGCUUGCUGAAGAAUACUUCAAGAAGCCAAUUCAUGACGGACUGGCAUCUUUUAUUACGUAUGAUGUUGUUGAUGAUCAGGAGUUUGCUUACUCAACAGGCGGUGAGGUUGGUUCCAAAACCAUUGUAAUGACGUACGCUACUGUUCAUACGGACAUGUCUCAAUGUCUUGAGGAGACCACUACAACAUAUCAGCUAGAACGUAUUGGCGCUUACAAGUCAGAGAAGCAACUGGAAGACAGGAUUCAUAAUUUCUUCUUCUCAUCGGACAAGGAGUUGCUAAUUUUUCAAUGUAAACCCGAGUUUGAUGGUGAACACAUGCUUCUUGCCCGUUCAAUCAUCGAAGAUAAAAGGAAUUCCUAUGGUAAGAUCUAUCGAGAAUCAAAUUCAACAAAACGAAGAAAACACGUUUGUAUUCUUGUCCACGUAAGACGGGCAGUAAAGGAAAAUACAGCGUGUUGGGAAAUUAAUUUUCUCAGUGGAUGGAAACAAGUUUUUCUGGACGCACUUGAUGUCCCGUCGAUUGCGGUAAAUAAAAUGCGAAAUAAAACGAUCGACAAUCUUCUUACGUCGUCGUCAGUUUGGUCAUUUCGAGGGUUUGCUGUAAAAUGCAUUCUGUGGUGCUUUAGCUCCAUUAAGUAUACCCAAAACCCAAGGCAGGAAGAAAGUGUCUUAAAAAUCGCCAAAAACCUUUUUGUAUCUCCGAAAGUUACAACGGCUAUUCAGAAGCUUGUUGUCCAGCAUGUAAGCCCGAUUAACGAAGUAGUGUCCGGACAGGUGGGCGAAUCAUGGCAAGUGAAAGUUGCUUGUGAUAUAGAACUUCUGCUUAACUCCUCCACUCUUUCGUCAGCAAUGGAACAAUAUGUUUCUACUCUAAUUCGCCAACCACUGGCCAAGAUAGUUUACUUCUUAGAAAGAGAGAACGCCUGGCCACCACAUCUGUUCCUUACGCAUGGAGACGUGACUGAGUACGAAGACGUAUGGUGUGAUCUUCUACUGAAUAGCUCAAUUUUUAACAUUACUGAAAUCCCAGAAUGCCUGGGAGCUGAUACAUAUUCUGUUGGUGGUGUUCGCCUUGAUCUAAGAGUACCAUUCAGUCAAGUGGUUUUCCGUAGAGUUAACGCUGGAAGAAGUCUGGUUAUGAAAGAGUUCACACAAGCGAUGGAGAACGAAACUAAUUUCGAUGAACAAGGUGGACUAACAAAAAAUGCGCAGUUGGAACAACUUCAACGAUAUUCAGAGAUUCUUAGAAAUUUGGCUCCGUGUAUACACAAUCUUCCAGAGAGGUGUUCGAGUUCAUACAUGGCUGACGUAUUAGAGAUAAUAUCCGCAGAUUUUAAGAGCAGAAUAACAAGUCAACGAUGCAUAUCUUUCUCUGCGUGUACCUUCCUGUCAUUCGCUAAACAGUGGUUACCAAUCGAAGAUCCGCUUCAGUUUUAUGCCUUACUUCACUUGUUUGUAUGGACUUCAAGAGACAAAAUCAAUGAUCUUCUCGAACUGGUAAAUUGCUGUCAGGUGCUCGUUCAUGAAAAGCAUUUGGAGAACUUGACAAAAAAAUUCUUCUCAGAGAAUCAAGGUAUAUUACCUUUUGCUGAAAACGAGGUUAUUGAUGAAAGAUUUGAUGUCAUGAUGACUGAGAAGAAGUCGUCAGAAGAGAGUGAUGGUGGUAGCAGUGAUAGCGACAACGAUAGUGACGAAAGUGAUAGUGACGAAAGUGAUAGUGACGAAAGUCAUAGUGACGAAAAUGAUAGUGAAGACAGCGAUAGUGGGGAAAGUGAUAGUGACUCCAGUUCCAGCGGGAACGAAGCUGAGGAAAGCAUAGCAAAUGAUGAUGACGACGAUGAUGACGAGGAAGAAAAAUGUUUCGAGGACAUCUUGGUAACCUUAGUUUGUGAAAAAAUGUUUCCUACACAAGGGACAGUGACUAAGAACGGUGGACUGGAAACAUGGAUACGAAAUUCUUCCGUCUUGCCGUCGUCAGCCUCGAGUGUGAGUAACGAGACCCCAGCAUAUCAUUUUCUACGUUUUUGUGUUGACUACGCUAAAAUCGUACAGACAACUGGGAUAUCUGAGGAUUACCGUUACGUUCUGAACAAAAUUGCGAAGGAACUUAAACCUGAUUAUCUUGACGCCGUUAACUCACUUCAGAUCAUCACGAAAGAAUUAAUCGACCCAGUGGAGGACCAAUUAAGAGGCCAAGAGGAAUAUCAUGCGGAAUUACAGAAGUUCCUAUCUCAAUUUUACAAUCGUUGCCUAGAAACAAAUGUAGAAACCAAAUCGGCUCGACCAAUCAUCGAACAUGUUUUAUCACUCCAUGGCAAAGAAGUGUUAAUUAUGACUCCUGUCAUCUAUCGCUUGUUGUUCGCAGAAGAGGUGGAAUCACCAGGCAUAUUUUUCGAUAUUCUUAUUGAUCACAGUCUAGUGGACAACUAUUCGUGUCUGAAAGAAGUCGACAACGUUUUCAGGUAUCUAUUUGCAAAGGGUUUUAUACACCAUGAUUCCUACCCAGCAGUCAUGAUAUGCGAUUUAAUACACUUCAUCCAAAACUUUGAGCAACGUUUUAAUAUGGAACAAUUAAAGAGUUCCGACAGCGAGCUACUUAAGUGUUUUCGUUCUGCUAUAAGCGUACUGACUGGAGGUGAAGAUAAUAUUGGUCUGGUGCUUCUCUCAUCUGUCGCAUUUCUUCGAGCCUUUUAUUCAAUGUUAUCAAAUCAACCUAGUAUUCUAACCACCGAAACUCCAUAUUCUCAUGUUAUGGGUGAGAUUAACUCUCUCUUGGCAGAUGGUGGUGACAGACGAUCAUCGCUUCGAAUAUUCUUCUUGAAACAACUUUAUGGAGCUGGUAUGACCAUGUUUAAUCUUCGCAAGUUAUGUUGUGAUAGUGAUCAACUCCCUGUGAUUAGGAAUCAAAUUGAGCAAUGCACGAUCGCUAACAAAGUCGAACUUGUUUCAGUCUACGGACUACCGGAAUACAAAGAAGUGAAAGAUGCGUAUUGGCAACUCAGUCAGAAGAACGAGCGCGACAUGCUUACCAUCCUGAUAAAAUGUCAAAAUUCUGCAAACCAUCGACUUGCUUUGUUGGAAAUCCUGAUAAACAUGUUUUACGUAAAGAAAGCGGUUGGUACUCUUGGUGACAAAGAAGAAGGUUUGGCUGAGUGGUUUUCGGACAAGUCUAAAGACUUUCCGUCUCCUCUGAAAGAACUUCUCCUCAGAAUAAUUGGUCGGGAAAAAUUCAACCAUCGUGGCUUACUAAUUUCUCGUGAAUCAUCGAUAGUUGCGAUUGAGACGGCAUUGUUAAUACUUCAUGUCUCAUGUGUUGUAGCAAGUCGUGUUGAAGGCGAGAUCUCUCCGCUGUUCCAAUAUUUCUCUAACCCAAAGAAAUGUCAUGGUACCUGCAUUCUCGCGCAUGGUGAGGACAGAAAGCGUCGAGUGUUCGAUCAAUUUACAUUAUGCAAUGAAUCUUCACCGGUAACUUGUUCGUGCAACCUAAGAAUAAAACACAAAGACGACAAAGAGCAAAACACAUGCCCAAACUGCGGGACAGAAACUGUGGGCAACGACUGUGGAGCACUUUCAUCUCAACGAAUCAAGACUUGCUAUUUCGAGACAAAGUCCAAAGAGUGGGAAGAAUGCACCGAAAAUAUGGACGCAUCUGUCUAUCGUGCAUUAGAUUUGAUCGUUUAUGCUUGCCUUUACGCUGGAGUUGCCACCGGAAUAUCGUCAAAUGAAGCUGUAUCGACGUUAUUAUGUCUAGAUAAACAAGAAUCCAACUCUGGAAGAACAGGUGAACCUUCAGCAGAUUUUUGCUUAAACCGUAUCAAAGAUGACUUGCAAUGCUUGAUGACUAUCCUGUCAUGCAAGAUCCGUACUGCAGUGGAUGUCAUGCAUCUUGUGGUUGACGAAUGUACAGAGCUUAUUCAAGGCAAGAUCUUCAGCAAAGAUACAUUCUCAACACGAGAAGAAUGUUUAGAGUGGGAAUAUAAAUUUGUAGAUAUUGCUGAAGAUAUUCUGCCUAAUGCUCUCCAAUCUGCACGAUCUCUUAAAGAAAUGAGAAUGAACUGCAAAGACGACAAUGAAGAGAGUUCGUUGAUUGAAAAGCAGAUUCAGGAACUUGACGAAUAUCCAUAUGAUGAUGCCCAACAAAAUUCAGAAUUGAAAAGGUUAUUUCGCGUGACAAAACGGCCAUCUUUCACGGAAUUACGUGCCAUAUUUCUCAACGCCUCUCAUGAGUUUCAAGAACAACAUAGUGUCCUGGCAGUAUUGUUUUCAAAGUUUGAUGAGCUACCUUAUCUCGCUUGUUUAUAUCCACUUCUACGAUGGAGUCGCUUAGUCUCGUCAACGUUGACUCACCGCAUUAGUAGAAAGGAAGCAGAGUCCAAGUUCAUCAAUGAUUUUAUCGAUGGUCACCUUACGCAGGAAACGAGAAGAAAAGAAGAGCGGGAUGAACUCAGAAAAUUAUUUGACGACUUCAAAUAUGCUUGGAAGACAAUGCAAGAAUUUGUCGAUCAGAAUCUUGACAAGGAUGAGAUGCCAUAUUUAACGGAAUACUGCCAUAUAGGGUAUUGUCUGACAGAGGGUGAGUUAAGCAUCUACCUGCGAACGGCAAUCAACAUUCUUCAAUCAAUUCAGAACAACAUUUUGGAUGAGAUGAUCCUCACAUCAAUACGCACUCGACAUCCUGCUCUCAGUUUUCUUGAAAAGAGCAAAACUUGUUGCGCCAUUAUGUCCGUUUCUCUUCAAGAAGCCAAGGAGAAAGAUAUCAUCAACUUUGAUUGGUCAGACGAGUUCCUGAAGUAUGUACAAAAUCCAGACUAUGGACUUGGUGAAGAAAUCGAUUAUGAUUUUGAGCGAAUGGAAACGCAUCUGGCAAACGAGAUUGCGUUUAGGAAGUGCUACCUCAACGAUUCUCUGAACACAUUCAUAUUCUCCAAGGAACUUUUCCAUUCUAGUGCCAAAAUGCUUACGAAGAUUCGUGAACUAUGUCCUCAAAGUAAGUCAUUGCCAGAAGAGUUCCGCCAAAGGUUACAUAGUCUAGACGAAUGCAAACAAGAUGCUCGGACCCUGCUUCAGCAUAUCGAAAUUAUUAUUUAUCUGCUAAAUAAGAAGCCAAUCCCUGCCGAAGGAGACGAAGAGAUGGCACUGGAAAAGUUUGCCGAAAUGUGGAAAUCGAAGCUUCCCAGUCCUUUCCCAGUUAAUCUGCUGCCGGAACCAAGAGCCUCCAUACAACUGACUCAUAUUGCCCCUCUCUAUGAAGCGCUGGAAAACCUGCUUGCUGAUGGAACUGUUGAAGGACUGCCAAGACAAUUCCGAGUAGCGUUGACAGAGGAAACCAAGAAAGGUCUGGACGAUUUGGUGGACAGCAGAAAAAAUAGAUCGUUAAAACUCAAGCAAUUCCUGACAGCAUUGCGACGUUUCGUAUUCCGUUAUCUCUCAGCCGAAAAGUUCUUUCCAGAACCGCAUACACCAUUACAUUCUUUAUUGAGUGAACCUUCAUUGUGGUCACCAGAUCAACCUCCAGAUCCAGAUGUUAUUCCUAGAGAAAUGAUGCUGGAGAACAUUCACGCUAUUAUAACACAUCUUCAGCAGGUAAUUAUAUAAAUGGAGAAAUUUAGAAAGGCCAUGGCCGCCAAACCAUGUAUAGGCCAGCAGGGCAAGCAAUUAGGAAACACUGAGAAUGAAAUCCGGGUGGUUUAAAUAAUGCCUAAGCAAAUAUGUAUUUGGUCGAAGAAAUUGAUAAAAGUAGCAUAUUUACUAACAUGAUAUCACUUAUGUUUAGGAACAGAAAGGAAACUCAAGUGCAAGAAGUCAGAAUCAACGAAGAAAUCAACCAAGAAGACAAGGGAAGAGACGUAUUGUUGCAAACUUUAAACGUUAA